UUUUAAUUACUAACUAUACUUUACAAGAGUUUAAGUAUGAAAUUUGUGGAAUAAAAUAUAAAACAAAAAGAGGUCUUAAUUAUCACCAAAGUAUUGUACGAAAGUAUAAUAUUCGUCAUGAAGGCUUAUAUAUGCUACCAUUAGAAGCAGUUAAUCAAUUUAAGAAGGAUCUGAUUUAUAUUAUAAGUAGUAAACUUAAAGCACAUUUUACACAAUUAGGAAGGCAAACUCUUUCAUUUCCCUGUCUAGAAAGUUUAUUUUUUGAG